AUGCGUUUGAAUACAGUGCAAAAGGCAGAAAUUUUAGCUAAAUUGAAUGAUGGUGUGAAUGGUAAUCGUUUAGCAAAAGAAUAUGGCGUUGCUAAAUCCACGAUUUCAUUAUUAAAAAAACGUAAAUAUGAUGAAAUGCUGCAGCCCAGCAAAAGAAGUGGAACUUUUAAUCAACCAUCGAGUGCGAGCGUGAGUGAUAAUGAAUCAAAUCGAUCAAACAAUACAUCUAAUGAGGACGAAGUUGAUGAUGAAGUCGAUGAUAAUUUUGAUAGUGAUGAGAGAGUUGAGAAAAAAUCACAUAUCUUGCCAAUUUUCCGUCAACUCAAACUGUAUAAACCAUCGACUGAAAUGGAUGAGAAUGAACAUGAUGACUAUGAUACUACUGACGAAUAUGAUGAUGAUGAGGAGGAGGAAGACGAGAGCGAGGAAGAUGAAGAAGAUGUCAAUGAAAUAUGUAGAAAAUUGCGGCGUGUAUGCGACAAUUUGUAUGUUCCGACUCAAUCAUUGAGUGAAAUGUUGAAAUUAAUUUCUAAAUUACGGAGCGGUGGCUACAUUGAGGAAUCGUUAUAA